UUAUUUGUUCCUAAAUAUUCAUUCCUGCAGUGCUGAAUUAAAAGGAAAUAACAAAAAUAUCUCCAAAAUAACGACCGUUGGUCAAUGCCGGCUCACAAUGUGAAUGGAAGCCUGUAUUCCAACGACAUCUUGCAUGUUAACACCAACUAUGAUGCAUGUGGCAAGCAACGCAAAUCAGCAGCCAUCUCUAUUCUCAAACAAGACAACGAUGUAAAUAGUGUAAAUGCCAAACAAAAGUGCGGUUAAGAAAAGGGAAUUGUUUUUCUUUGUAAAAUAACUUUAAAUUAUUAAAAUAUUUUAAAGAAUUAGUUUCGACAUUGUAAAAUAAAAAUUAUUUCACUUUUAACAAAUUUCUUAGCAACUUGUCUUUCUUCAUGCAUCAAAGCUAAGUAUUUUACCGCCAACAAAGUUAUUUUUUUUAUUAAAACAAGAAUUUUUCGUAAUUUCUAUAACUUGGUUUAAAUGUUUUAAUUGAGAAAGUUUUCUGGUAUGCUCUAUUAAAAUGGUUGAAGAAAAUUAUGAGUCUGCUUGUAGGCUGUGUUUGAAUUCAAACUCCAAGAAUAUUAAUGUGUUUGAAAACAAUUCUUAUGCUGAGAUUAUCACAACAAUUUCCACAUCGUUAUCGAUACAGAUAACUCAAAACGAUGAUUUCCCGAAAUUUUUAUGCACUGUUUGCAUUGAGAAAGUUGUUUCUUGGGAUUCUUUUAAAAAGCUGUGUACUGAGAGUCAAGAGCAAUUAUAUCAAUGGCGGGAAAGAAAACUGCAAAAGCAACGUGAAGAAGAAGAAGCAAACGCAAUUUUACCAAUCUCACGGCUAGAAACGAGCAUUCACAUAAAAGAAGAAUUCAUUGAAGAUGACUUCGAUGAUAGUUUUGAAUAUACUUAUGAAACCUUUACUCCGGAAUUUAAUAUCAAAUUCGAAUCAAGAUCCGAUGCAGAAAGUUAUCAACAUUUAGAAAAGAGUAUUUCACCUAAAAGUAAAAAGCCUGUUUCUUCUAACGUAUCAUCAGAAAGAAUACCCUUCAAUUACAAGUUAGUUGUCGAAAUGUAUAAGGAUAAUAUUUGUAAAUUUUGUUCUAAACAGUUUAACCGAAAUUCGAAUUUAGUGCAACAUUUACGGCUAUUUCAUAUGACAAUACCAAUGUUUACAUGCUUUUGCUGUGGAAAAUCAUGCAAAACAAAAUUGGAAGUACAAACACAUCGCAGUAUAUGUAAAAGAAAAUCCUUGGAAAACUCGAAACAUUCUAACGAAAUUCAAUUAAAUGAUCCUUUAAAUAUAUCUGAAAAACAAGUAGACUCAACUGCUGCCGAUUACAAAUUUUCGUGUAGUCUUUGUGGAAAACUUUUCAAAACUAUAGAAGAAUGGACAUCGCAUAGAGCAACACAUGUUCUGAAAAUCAAUGAUGCGACUUCAAACUUCGAUGCUUUUAGUGAUGAAAAAAUUAAUUCAGAUCCUAUCAAUACGGAGAUGGUUGUGGAACAAAGUUUCUCGGAAGUUUUGAAUGGUGUUAAAAUUGAGAAUGUUCGUUCUGAAAGUGCUGUAACCGAACAGGUGUUAGAUAUUCCUGAAAAAGUUUCAAAUUUGACAGAACCUAAUUUAAAACCAGUUAAAAAAUCAUCAAGAUCUAAAAGAAAAUUUAAUUCACGGCCUAAAUUUAGUUAUAAAACAAAUGAUUACACUCGCAAUUAUCAUUGCGAAUGUGGUAAAAAAUUCAUUACAGUUCAAGGCUUUGCAUCUCAUAGAAAAUAUCAUAUGAGAAGAGGUGAAUUUUUCUCUCUAAAAUCCACAAAUAAAAAAAACAAAGAUGACGUCUUGGAGUCUCACAAAAAACCUGAAGUGGUUGAUGAUAAAUUUAAAUGUAAUGGAUGCGAUAAAGUAUUUUCGUUAGCCAGUAAAUUUCGCUUUCAUAAAAAACGUUGCCCGAAUUUAAAACAACAGCUGCCUAAUAAAACUGAAGAAGUAUCGGAAAUUAAAGAAGACAAACCUAAAUUAGAAGAAGAUGAUAUCAAUGCGGAAACAGAAAUUGAACAAUUGAAUGUCACUGAUAAAAGGGACCACACUAGAUGUUCAUUUUGUAAACGUAAAUAUGAUAAUAAACAUCGAUGUUAUAAACAUGAAAAUAAUUGUUUGCAACGACCUACGGAUUUGAGAAAAUUUAUUAAAAUUCAUCCAGGUGCAGUAAAAUGUGGAGGAUGUGGUAAAUGUUACAUUAGCAAAAGUAAUUAUAUGAAACAUCGAUCUCGUUGCCCUAAUGCAGUAUUAAUUGAAGCGGAAUUCCAGGAUGAGAAUCCUUCAUCUUCGACAAAUUCAUUGCUUUGCUUUUUAUGUAAACGGCCAUUUUUAUCAGCAGGUGCUUUGACUGAACAUAAGAAACGAUGUUACUUUCAACGUACAUCUAGUUGUAUUGAAUGUAAAAAAGUAUUUGAUUCAUUUAUUAAUUUUCGCAUUCAUUAUGGACAAAAUCAUGACAGAAAAUCCUUAAGACAUGCAAAGAGAUUAAAACAAAUGCAAACGAAACAGCAGAAUAAUUUAAAUAUACCUGGUCCAAUAAAUAAUGGUGUUACAAAUACAUGGAGUUGCAAAAAAUGUAGAAAAGUCUUUCAAACUCUAAAAGGUUAUAAAUAUCAUAUGAAAACUCAUGUUACACAUACUUGUCCAAAUUGUAAUAAAUUCUUUUAUCAUUCAAAGCACUUAACGAAACAUUUAGAAGUCUGUCAAAAAAUUGAACCUGAAAAUCAUACGUUUAAUUCAACACUUCAAGAUCCUUUAGACACGACAACAACAUCACCAUCGUCUAGUAAACAGAUCGUUGGGAUUGCCGCACCUUGUGCUGUAUGUAAAAUGUCAUUUGCAACGAUUAGUGAAUUACGGGAACAUAUUUUAGUGAAACAUAAACCAGCAUUUAUUCAAGAACGUAAGAAGAAAACUUAUUUUUGUCAAUUUUGUAAAAUGGCAUUUGAUCGGCAUUCAGAUUUAAAACAGCAUUUUAAUGAAUAUCAUGCUGGUAAUAUACAAAGUGAGUACCCAUCGCCACCCGUACUAAAACCAGAGGAACUACAGGAUGAAAACAAUCAAAUAUGUUCGUUAUGUCAACUGUCUUUCGAAACACAAGAUGAAUUAUUUGAGCAUGUUCAUUCUCUUCAUAAUAUGGAAAUGUGAUAGUAGUCUGUUAUUAAAUCAACUUUAUCGACUUGUAUAUAAAUUAAAUAUUAAUAAAAUACGUGUGCGAAAACAUAUGACUUUUGU